AUGACAAAAAAAGAAAAAAAGCCUUUAGAAAUAUCUAAAGCCUUAAAGAAAUGGUUUGAUCCACGAGUUGUUACAAAGUUACAAAGAGGUUUAACCCUUGAACAGGCUUGGGAAGAUGUCGUUAAAGACAUUUCUGUAAAAAUAUUAUCUGGACUUCCCUUGGAGAAAUUUGCUAAUGCGAUGUCACGUUUGGCUCAGAUUGAUGACUCGAGUAGAUUUCAUUUAAUUGAAAAUUUACUUGCAAUAACACCAAACCCUGAUAAUGCAGACAGUGAAACAACUGAAAAGUUACAAAAUGUUUUACUUUUAAAACUUUCGUCAGCUGAUAAUGGAACGGAAGAAGCCACUUCAAUGGAAAUUGAUUUAGAUUUUACGAAUAUAGCUAAAAAUAUUUUACAGGAUUCUCAUAGAGAUUGGAUAGGUAUUUAUGAGGUAAUUUCAAAAUUCCUAAAGGGUUGUACAGCAAAUUUUAAUUCAGACAAGAACAUAUUUAUAGUAUAUCCACACUUGGAUGAAAUUUCAAGGUUGUUUUUUAUAGAAAAAGAACAGAGAACAAGUCUUGAAUAUUUUUUCAAUUGUGUCCAAACUGUUGCUAAUAAUAUGGGAUUUAAAUUUAAAGACCUUAUAAAGCUUCAUAUUUUGGAUAAUGACAAGGAGUUUUUUAAAUCAUUUGCAGAAAACUUUUUCCCUAAAGUGUUAAAACUAAAUGCUGAAGAUGAUCCAACCAAAAUACAUUUGACUCCACCAUUAAUUAGACCCAAAUGGCACAAUCAAUCACAUUUAUUGAUGAUAGUUUUACAAAAUGCACCUAAUUAUAGUAUGUUACGUAAAGAUCUAAUUGAUGCAGCAUUAUAUUUAGACAAAGAAAUAUGCAAUAAAACAGGGUUACCAAGAUGUUUUACUGGUCGUACACCAGAAAAUUCGGCUAGUUCAUGUAUAACACAUGUUGCAGAAAAGUAUUUUAUACCGUUCAAGAAAAGUCCUGACUCAAAAACUCAUUAUAAACUUUCAUUUACUCCAAAUGACUUUGAUGAAUUCUAUGAACAAUAUGUCAGGUGGACAAAACGAUUAACAGAACAUGAUUGGCCAUUGCUAUUUGGAAAAUUAAAAGAUAAUGCACCUUCAGAUGAAAAAAUUUUUAUGCUUUCAGUGGGUAUAGAUACAAACGAUAAUAAUACUUGUAUACGAUGUGUAGAAAAAAAAGAUUGUGAUUCAAAGUUUCCUUCGUGUUCUAGAUUGCAAUCAGAAACAAUGUCUUAUAUACAAACAGAAGAAAUUAGUGGAUGGUUUGAUCUUAGCACUGUUCCAAAAGGAAUCGAGGAGAUUGUAGAGGUCAGGCCAUCUACGAUUCCCAAUGCAGGUAAUGGAUUAUUUGCUAAACAAGACAUUCCAAAUACAACGCCAUUAGGAUUUUUCUUUGGUGUUCCAAUGCUUGAAGAAGAAUUUGAAUUACAUAAAGACAGUAUUGGAAUGGCAGCAGAUUAUUCCAUGAGAUAUAAACACACAAUACUAGAUGCAACAGAUAAAGAUGGAAUGCCUUACACUGAUCCAAAAGGAAAAGCUUAUUGUCCAUUUCACUUCAUGAAUGAAAAUCUAUCUGGAAAUACGGUAUUUCUAGAAGGUCAUGAAAUUAAUCAGGUCGUAUGUUGGACAAAUCACGAUAUUAAAGCAGGAGAGGAAUUAUUUGUUUAUUAUGGUGCAGAAGUCGAUAGACAAAAUUGGAUGUUACAAGAUAAACAAGAAAAUAACGGCAAUGAUGAUUCUGACGAGAUUGAUUAUGAAUUAUAUUGUGGUAUUAUAGCAAACGAUAGUUUAGAGUUUUUCUUCGAUGAUGAAGAUUAA